GCCAUGGUCGGCGGCGGCAAGCCGUUCGGGGACAGCGUGUUCGCCGGCCACGCGGCGGCAGGCGCGGCGGCGAUCAGCGCUUCCGCGGUCUCCGUCCACCCCCUCGACACCGUCAAGAGCCUCCUGCAGCUGAGCGCGACGGGGCCGAAGCAGAAGAUGGGGCUCCGCCAGGCGGUGGACCGGCUCAUGUCCGUCUCCGGCCCUGCAGGUCUCUACAGUGGUCUUGGAUGGUCAAUAUUUGGUAAACUGCCUGGUGUGGGAGCACGUUUUGGGACCUAUGAGCUUUUAACAGCCUUCUAUAAAGAUGGAAGGGAGGACAACCAUGUUUAUUAUUCUGAGGCUAUGUUGGCUGGCAUUACUGCUGGUGCUGUAGAGGCAUUUCUUAGCACACCAUUUGAACUUCUCAAACUUCGUUCCCAAGUUGGCUCUGCCAUACCUUUAAAGAACACUGCUAAUGUUGUACAAGACUCAUUUCCACUGCUUUCCAAACUAUUACCUGGUUAUGUCCCUGACAUCAGAGUAUGGAACGGCAGUGUCAGUCUUUUGUCCAAUCUUUCGCCAAAACAUCCUGACAUUAUGGGUGCCCUGAAACAGCACCCAUGGAUGUUGACUGGCUCUGGGAAGCCCCCGUUACCCUCUGAUGUCCAGGUGCCUGCUAGAGUGAUAGCACUUGAAGGUUGGGGUGCUCUAUGGAGAGGACUUAGACCAGCGAUAGCCCGAGACUGUGUCUUUAGUGGAAUGUUCUUUUCAUCUUGGCAAUUCAUACACACUGCGAUGCUUACGUGGAAGUCUGUGAAUAUGAACCCUGAACCCAGGAAUUUAGACGAAGCAGGACCCGUGCACCCUUUAGCUUCUAGUCUUGCCGCAGGCUUCUCUGGAGUUGUAGCAGCUGCUGCUUCACAUACAUUUGAUACUGCCAAAAGUCGUUCACAGUGCACUGUUAUACCUAAGUACAUAGCAAUGGAGAGGAGGUUUCAUAAAUGGAGGGCACCAGGAAUAUGGAUAGAGCGGAUGACAGGAAUAUCACCUGCUGAUAGGAAUGUUCUAUUCCGUGGCAUUGGACUACGGAUGGCGCGCAGUGGAAUUGCAUCAUUUGUACUUGUUGGGUCCUACUAUUUUGCCAUUGAUCAGCUCAUGUAAAUGGCAUGCAGAGACACCAUUUGGUGAAAUUCAAAUGCUAUUUAUAUGCAUCUACUGAACAACCAUAGAAUUAACUACGGGGACAUCGCUGUCUCGUCUAAACUUGAUUGGGGUUGCAUGCUCCAAGAUAGAAUUUUUGCUACUAAUGUAAAUGUUCAUAACAAACCAGAACUGUUUGUUUUGAGCUUGUGUUGAAGAAAUAACAAGUGUUUUUAUAUGGAAAA